AUGGGGUGGUUCCUGAUUGAGCGAAUGGCUAGGAUGCUGUACUUGGUCCACCCGAGCAGGUCAACCUUCAGGCAUAUUGAAGAAGUCCCCGAAUACGUUCAAGAGGCAGUUCCACUGGUCGUAACGAUUGUCUUUGCGGAGGUGAUAGCGCGCUACCUGAUGGGCCGCCCUGCCAGAGUCAACCAAGUUUUCUCGUCUUUUGGAAUUGGCAUCCUUCACGAGUCUGCAGGGUAAGCUACCUGAUGGGCCGCCCUGCCAGACUACCAGAUGCUCUACCAGUACCGCCUGUGGGAACUACCCUGGGACUCGCCUUAUACCUGGUUUGGCGCCUUCAUAUUCGUUGACUUCUGCUACUAUUGGAUCCACAGAGCUAACCAUGAACUGAAUGUCCUUUGGGCAAUACAUCAGGUCCACCACUCUUCUGAAGACUUCGACUUUGCCACAGCGACACGCAUAUCAAUGUUCCAGCGACCCGCCAAUAUGUGUUGCUACCAACCUCUGGCUCUACUAGGAUUUCCGCUACCCUCUGUCGUUGUCCACAUUGCUUUAAAUUAUGUGUUCCAGAUUUGGGUGCAUACAGAGUACAUUGGCAGCCUCGGACCAGUAGGCUGGAUUUUCAUGACACCUUCCCAUCACCGCGUCCAUCAUGGAGCUAACAAGUGGUGCCUGGAUAAAAACUACGCCAGUGUUUUAAUCAUCUGGGACCGCAUCUUUGGCACCUUUGAGGGAGAGAGAGACCAGGAGGAGAUAGUCUACGGCUUGACACAGCAGCCCCAGACCCAUAACGUUCUCUGGCAUCAGUUCUUCUACUUUGCUGAAGUUUACCGGAAGGCAAGAAGCAUGAGCAGUUGGGGAGAUUCACUGAGGUCUGUGUUCUACGGCCCCGGCUGGGCCCCGGGGACGCCUCGUCUAGGGGACCCUCUCACCUUCACCGACGUCCAGGCUCCCAGGCCCAAGUACGACCCCCAACUGCCACUGUGGAAAUUUAUGUAUGUCUCCACUCACAUGGCGCUGUCGUUCAUCGCUCAACAGCUGAUGUGCUUCAACUUCCAGAUAUUAUCCUUGGAGGCGGUUGUGACGUGCCAGAUCUUCAUAUUCGUGACAGUGGGUGUGAUGUCAGCCAUGUAUGAUGGGUGGUUGUGGGCGCCAGUGGUAGAGGCUGUGCGCUGUGCUGCUGUGAUAGCCUACUCCUCCACCACAUCCAUUACUGCCAUCCCAGAUGUGGACACUGCCCUCUUGCUCUACUUUACUGCUUCCCUUACCCUCUGGAUCUCAAAAGCACUAACCAUAGUCCUAGGCACUAACCUAACCAAUAAGACCAUGCAGAACAUACCGAAAUUAUAA